AUGGCCUCCAACCCUCCAACCCAAGACCUGAACCAAUCCUACCAAUCCCUCAAGUCCCACCUCCAAUCCCAUCAGCAAAACCUCACCGUGGCCUCCAACCCUCGAGCCCAAGUCCAGCAGCCCAAACAAUCCUACGCCACCCUCAAAUCCCACCUCCAAUCCCUCCACAACCCCCACACCUCCCCUCUAACCCGCCUCCCCACCGCCUCCAUCCUCUCCCCCAAAUCCUCCCACGCCAUCGCCUCCCUCUCCCUCCACCCGGUUCUCGAAUCCCUCCUCCACAUCCUCAACAACGACCUCCCUUCCGCCCACUUCCUCCUCCGCCACAUGCAGUCCCCACCCGCCUACGAAUCCAUGCUGGUCCACGGCCUGCUCCAUCGCGUCGAAGGCGACUACGAGAACGCGCGGGCGUGGUAUACGAAUCUCGCCGAUGAGUCGCCGCAGCCGGAAAUUUUUGGGAAGGUGUGGCCGGAGGGGAUGGAUGGAUCGGAUGAUGGAAAGGGGUAUGCGGCGUUUUUGGAGGGACUGAAGAAGGGGGAGAGGGAGGGGUGGGUGAGGGAGAGGGGAGAGAAGGAGUGGAGGGAUGUGUUUGGAUUUUGUGAGGGAAAGUUUGGGAUUGGAGAGGUGGUGGAUGCGACGGGGGUUUGGGUGGAGCCGAGUGAGCAUAUUAGGGAGGCGGCGAAGAAGCAGUUGGUUGGUGGGGAGGGGUGGAGGCAGUUUUGA